GUUAUCUUUUACAGGUCCACAACUCUCGGGAGCGUAUAGUCUCGCGAGACUUUGUGACAGUUUUGGUGACGCAGGCGGCUCCUUGGUUGUCAUGGUAAUACCCAGCAAGGUGAACGCUAGUUUUGGGGGAUUUAGGUCGACCACCUUCAAAACAGACGAGCUGUCAUGUCUGACCAGCUCAAAGACAAACACCAGAGACGAGAGAGAAGGACAGUGAAGGUUCCCUCUGACGGAAGUCAUGGAGUCAGAGUCAAAGAAGCUACGAUCCGUAAAAAUACUGACUCUGUAAGUAUUGUCUCAUCCAUGGAUGAACUAGGGCACCAUGAUGAAAAUACUCGAAUGGUGGUUACAAUGGAGAACACUUACCAGACGGCACCUCACAAACGCUUCCCUGUCCCCGCUGUCACUCACAUCCUGAAGGAUGUACUCUCCAGCUACCUCCAACAGGAGAAGUACGAAGUGGAGUGGUCCCAAAAAAUGACUAAAACAAUAUGUGAGGUGAUCAGAGCGCGCGUGAAAGAUCUCAUGAUCCCCAGGUAUAAAAUCGUGGUCCUGGUCCACAUCGGCCAGCAGGCGGGACAGAGCAUGCAGAUGAGCAGCCGCUGCCUGUGGGACGCGACCACCGACAGUUUUGCCUGCUACUCUUUCACGAAUAGCUCUCUGUUCGGAGUAGCAACUGUAUAUGGCGUUUACUUUGAGUGAUAUCUUUCUAUUUUUCCUGGUAAAUGUUUCGUAUGUUUUGUCACGUACAAAUGCUCGUGAGUAAAACUUUUUGAUGUUUUGUUUUCUUUUAUUAUCCAUUCACUGGGAACAGGACAAGGUCAUUUAUACAAUGCAUAUUAAAAGACUGUAAAUAACUGA